UCAUGCAGUAAAAAUGACAUCGACAGCUGCAGUACCGACAACAUUAUGGCCAAUAACUACUGCUGGUAUUUUCGUUGUACGAAAUUUAUAACGCCGGCAUCCACGGAAAAUGCAUUAAUAUUUCAAUAAAAAAAAUUCAUUAAAAAUUUCAACGUAAAUCAGAAGAAAGAAAAACUAUUAUACAACCAGCAGAUAACCAUUGUUUUAAGAACUUCAGUACUUAAUAGCAAUGCUGCUACUGAAAAUUUCAAGCUCUUUAUCGAUAUCCACGUUUUUCAUGAUUUUCUUGUACGGCAAGAUUCUCAACGCGAUGUGCAUUACGCUGCAUUGACCAACAUAAUUAAAAUUUUGUAUAAAAGAAACCAAACAAGGAAAACAAAGUUUUCACUUAAAGUUUAAAUGACAACCAGUGAGGCAUUAAAAUGAAAUAAAUAACAAAACUUUUAGGAGAUCAGUAAGAAUGAAGGAGCAGUUGCAACUGUCGCGAUAAUGAUGGAAACAAGACAAAGCUACCACCUAUUUAUACCCAUCUACGUACACACUUAAAAAAAAAAGGGAAACAAUGAUUUUGCUCUUUAUUACGGCAGAGUUUAUAUACACAGUGCUGUUGUUUUCUCUUAUAAUUGCAACUCUAAGCAACUAGUGCUAACCAUGAAAAACCAAUACUAAUGCAAAACAUAAAAACUAACCGAAGUGAAAGCAAAUACAAAACGAUAGAACAGUCAAUUGAGAUAAACUGUGAAGAAAAAUUGAAGAAAUCUUGUAAGUAGAAUAGUUAUCGCGACCAAUGGAGGCGGUGCCCAGGCUGCAUAUGGUGUGGUUUCCCAGCAAAACCAGCCCAGAAGGCACGUCUUUUUGUAAUUUAAAGAAGUACAUAGCCGAAUUCUAUCAAGAGGAUCCGGACGCCUACACUAAAGAAGUAUUCGCUUUAGAAACCUUGCGAAAUCAGGCUCUUAAUACAACGAAAGAUAAUUGCACAAUCUUGAAACGAUAUUAUUGUCAACUACACUUCUUGCAAAAUCGUUUUCCUCAGUUGCUCGAGAAAUCCUUGUUUACCUUUACCUGGAAAGGUUUAUAUGACAAUAAAGUGCACGAAUACAACGAUUUACGUUAUGAACAAGCAGCUGUUUUAUUUAACAUAGCAACAGCACAUACUCAAACUGGAGCGUCGGUAACUCGAGGCGAUGUUGAUGGCAUGAAGUUAGCUUGCACUCAUUUUCAAUGCGCUGCGUGGGCUUUUGGCGAAUUGCGUGAACGUUAUGCGGACGUUGGUGAUGGUGAUAUGCUUACUAAGGAAUUGUUAGUAUUCAUGCAACAAGUGUCCUUUGCCCAGGCUCAGGAAUGCAUUUUGGAGAAAUCUUUGCUUGAUAAUCGCAAGCCCAAUAUUGUUGCCAAGGUUACAGGACAAAUUGUGGUGUACUACGGCGCAGCUUUGGCGGCCCUUUUAACCGGUGGAGAUGAAGGUCCUAUAAAACGAUUGGUGGAGAAUUCAGUUUAUAAAUUAUGGAAAAAAUAUGUGCGAUUUAAGAUAUCAUACCUAAAUUGUAUUCUCUACUUAUAUCAGGCUAAGCAUGCCGAGGAGCAAAGAAAAAUGGGAGAGAGAUUAACUCUGUAUGAGGCCGCUUGGGAGAAGCUAGAAGAAGCACGCAAAGAAUCUAAAGGGUUACCUGACCAAAAGGAGAUCAAUGAGUCUUUAAUUUUUACAGCAGAUGUAGUAGAGGGAAAACGUAAAAAUGCGAAAAAUGAGAAUGAAUUUAUUUACCAUGAAGCCGUUCCUGAAUUAAAUACAAUUGCUGCCGUACAGGGUGCAAAUUUAGUAAACGGUAUCAGUUUCUCUAUAACGGAUCCCGAGGUAGCCGGAGAAGACAUAUUUGCUCGCUUAGUUCCCAUGAAAGCCCAUGAGGCCAGUUCGAUGUAUUCGGAAGAAAAAGCUAAACUUUUAAGGAAAUAUGGCGCAAAAAUCGAAGAAAAAGACGGUGAACUUGCCAGUUUCAUGACUUCUCUCAGCUUGGAGAAUUUAAACAUUAACGAAGAGAAAGCCAACAAAAUUCCACAAGCAGUGGUAGAUCGUUGCGCUGACUUAAAUGCUAACAAAUCGGCAAUACCUGAGCUAAUUAAAUCUAUGUCUCGUUUAGCAGAUAUUUGCAGCGAAGUAGAGGCUCAGCUGCACGAAAUUGGUAAUAUUUUAGCUCUGGAAGAGAACGAAGAACGGGAAUUUCAACAGUUAAGUGGCUUACAACGGACACCUAACGCUCAUAUUACAGAAUUAAGUAGAGAAUAUCAAAAGUAUACGGAGGCACACAAUAAAGCCGGAGAUUCGAACGAUACUUUGCGUAAAGCCAUGGAAUUGCAUAUAAAUAACUUAAAGAUAUUAGCUAAGCCUCUCCAAGAAAUACAACAGUCCGUACCAAAACUAAGCUCAGAGCUUAAUACUGCGGAAAUAUUCAAAGAUGUUAAGUUGAUAGUGAACAAAGUAAAUGAAAUGAAAGCACAACGAUCUCAAUUUCAUGCCGAUUUGCGUAUAGCUGUUAAUGAGGAUGAUAUUACGGCCAAAGUAAUAGCUCAUGGUAAAGAUGAAGGACUACAGAAUCUUUUCGAUCGUGAAUUGUCUAAACAUGAGCGUUUACUUCAACUAAUAGAUCAAAAUCUGCUAGCUCAAGAAAAUAUACUGAAAGCGUUAACAGAGAACUAUGCUAAAGCAGCGCCCAUUUUAAAAACCUUAGCCGACGUUAAGCAUAAAAGAGAAACUUUCUUUACUUCCUUGGCAGCUUCCUAUGACGUUUAUGAGGACUUAUUAAAUAAAUCCUCCAAAGGUCUAGAGUUUUAUACUAAAUUAUCAGCUAAUGUGCAAAAACUAUUGUCACGUUGCAAAUCAGCUCGCGACGUGCAAGCAGAAGAACGACAACAACGUUUAAUUGGCGCAAGUAACAAAAACUCAAACAAUUCUUCGGUGCACAGCAGCGACGCCUACAAUUUUAAUAGUUCUACAAACGUAUCCGUUAAUUGCGGAACACCGAAACUUAGGGAUUACUUGAAAUCGAAAAACAUUUCCAAAGAAAUAAAAUUGGCAACAGUCAGUGGUCAACAAUAUAUUCCAUCGAUUAGACCAAAUCCUUUGGGAUCAGAGGAUCCUUCGCAGGGCGCUUGCUCGGGUAAUUCCUAUUAUCCUAAUAGUGCAGCAGCCUCAAUACCCCCAGCAGUGGGUCCUAACGAACCGCCACCACCUUAUAGUCUGCAGCAAACACCCUUUUAUAAUGCAAAUAUUACGGGCAUAUCAAAUUCAGAUGUCAGCCGCGGUUAUACAAACCCCAUGUAUAUGCAAUAUCAACAGAAUGUAGCUCCCCCGGCUUAUAAAGCACAAGCUUCGCCCAAUUCUCAGUUUACCGCCUUAAGUGCCAACAUAGCGGCUUUGCCACUACAAGAACAACAAUAUAUCAAUUACAACAAUUACUGUGCAAAUACAUGUAGUGGUCAGUUAGCUUACAACCCGCUCCUAGGAAAUUCUGGGGGAAAUGUUAACCAUUACAUGACACCGCAGGUGGGAUAUAAUAUAUCUACUUAUGGUCAACCUACACAAUCGCAACCUGCAAAGCAACAGUCAAUAUCUUCACAACCUUAUGCUGCAUCUGCUUCCACAGCAUCAAUCUCAGACCUGGUUCCAAUGGAAUACGAAGUUGCAAAUAUGGCUUCUGCUGUCUCUGCAAGCUCUAUGUCAAAUGUGGUCUCAUUAGUAUAUGGCACAUCAACUAUUUCCUCUGUCACACCAGCCACCUCUGUGUACAAUCUAGCAUCUGGUGCUCCCACUAUUUCACAAAUACACAGCCAAACAGUUUCAACAACAACUAUACCGCAACAGUAUGCAACGUAUGGAACCAAUAACAAUUCCACAGCAACUAUUUCAUCUUCGGCAAGUGUACCCUCUACACAACCCCUGUAUAUCGUGACCACCCAGUCAAUACAAAUUGAAGCGAUAAGCGCUCCAGGAUUGCAAUCAGCAUCAUUGGGACGAAAUCAGCAACCAUCCAUAUUGUCAUCGCAGGGAAGCCAGCCUCAAUUUCAACAAUCUCAAGCAACACAAAUAAAAAGUUCUCCAUAUAAUCUCCAAAACCCGUCAGACCCGAACAUCGCGUUCUCGUCGUUGGUAAACGCGAUACCUUCAUCAUCAAUUACUACGAAUAUAAGUUGCUCUGCACAUUCGGUAAUAGCUAGUAAUGCAAAUACUUCCUCUUAUAGGGCUUAUGGUUCCCGCACGGUACACCCAGGUUACAGUUUUAAUACACAGUCAGGAACCUAUGAAUAUGGUAGCGGCUAUCAUCAGACAACCGCUGUCAGUCUACAACCCCAUGGCCAGUACACUUCAGCAUCAGUUCAAGACGGCUUGAAAUUGCAAGUAGGAACAACAGAUUCAGAAAAAUUGGGCAAAAUAAAUGUAGCCACAGGUUUUGAUUCGCCCAUUAUAUCGCACACUGCUAGAAAAACGCCAUAUAGUACGUUAGUAACAUGCGAGUCAUUAUCCAGCAUGAAUUAUUAUAAUCCGCCAUAUGGUUACCAGGCUAAUUACGUAAACUCCGAUAAUCUAAUCAAUCAAAAUUUACCAACCAUGACUGCAACAAAUCAAACAACAGGACUACCGCAGCCGACGAUUUCACUAAACACAGUACUUUAUCAGCAAUUUCCGUCUGCAGCCAUUUACAUGCAAAGUGGCACCGGUACUACAGCUAAUACUCAAACAACAAAGAGUGCAACAACUUAUGCUACCAGUACUCAGCAGGCUUCUUCAACACCAGGGCAAGCGGAAAUGCAAGCAGCAGCUCAACCAGAAGGUAAUUUAGAAAGGACUACGUUACAUAACAAUACAAAAGCUGAUAGUAAUGUAAAGGAUUCCAACCUGCUGGUCGAAUCGACAUUUAAAAAAUCGUCAAAUAUUGAUUUACUAAGUGACAUUGAUUUUUCGGAUUCGGGCAUAGUAGGACCACCACCUAUGCUCCCAGAACCUAUUUUAAAGCCAGAAGUCUUACCUAGUCCACCAUCUACACAAGUGGCAGAUAAUGAAACCCCCCAACUAACCGAAGCCUUGAAAGACGAUGAAAAGCAGAAAAAAGUAGAGGAUUAUUUAGCCAACCAAAUAAUCCCGAUUACCAAUACAACCUCUUUGCAAUGUAACUCACCGGUAGAUUCACCGGCCGCUCGUAAAUCCAGUUACGAUAAUCUUUCCAACUGCUCGGAUCUAAGUUCUUUGGAAAACUUUGAAUGGGAUUCAGUUUCUAGACGUAGUGAAUCCCAUGCAGAUAAACAUUCCUCUAGCAACAGUAAUAAUACCAAUACAUUCCGAAUUAAGUCAGUCGAUCCAUUUUCAGAUGAUAAAGUUUUGAAAUAUUUUCACAAAGAAGUGGAACGUUACGAAAAAAUCAUUGAAACCUUAAAUGUGAAAAUGUUAAAUGGUCAUACACCGCUAACAGCGAAAUGGAAAGAAUUGCAGGAGCUAUUGAGUAAAGAUAACUAUAAACGCAGCACAACAAUCGCGCGUUUGUUCCCCGAAAAAAAUCGUUCGUUGGACGGUUUGCCUUACGAUCAUGCUCGCGUUAAAUUAGAUAAAGAAACGGAUGAUUAUAUAAAUGCGGCCCAUAUCAAGGACCUCGGCAACGGCUGCCCAAAUAUCAUUAUAGCCCAGACACCGCAACAAAAUACAGUUAAUGAUUUUUGGUCGAUGUUGUGGUCGCAAAAAGCACGAACAGUUUUAUGUUUGCAUCCGUCCAAUGAGAUUUUGGACCCCUUUUGGCCACAGACAUUGGAAAAAGAGAGUCAUUUCGAUGAUUUCUCUGUGAAAUGUGUAAAAAUUGUAUCUCUUUCACAUUGCCAAGAAUAUCAAUUAAAGUUAUCCAUGUUAAGCUCGGAUGCUAUCAUUGAACUGGCCAUAUUGCAAAUUAAAACCUGGACUAAAAGUAACCCUUCGCAAGUGGUGGGUAUCGGCCGUAACGUAUUACAAGCUCAUCAGCAACGCUGCUUAGAUUUCAAUACUCCUUCAGCGCCAUUAGUAAUUAACUGCUUAACAGGAUCCGAGAGAUCUGGCUUAGUAGCUGUAGCAAUCUGUGCAAUAUUAGCUACGCAACACAAACGUCCAAUAUUAAUAAACGUAGUUGACGCGUGGCACCGCCUUUGCUCGCACCGUCAACAAGUUAUACGGGAUAUUGAAACUUUGGAACGUUCAUUGCAAAUUGUUUUAAAUCAUGCUCAUGAUCUGUUAAACAAGCGAGGCAUUAUGACUUCUUAUCAAAUGAAAAUUGCUCCACAAGUUACCGCCCAGGAGAAACAAGCUACUAAGGAUCCUCUUAACGAAUUGGACGCUUUAUGGAAACUGAAAUGAUCGGGCGACAUGCUAACACUGCUUAGAAAAAAUCUUAUUCAAAAUAAUGGUUAUCACAUUUCUAUUCUAUCGUAAGCUAUAAUUCAUUUCACAUUUGAAUCGUUGAGCAAGUGAUUAAAACAGUUUUUCUCUUUCUAUUUUAAUAAUGAUUCCUUAAAUUUUUUAAAGAAUUAUUAAUUACGCGAAACAUAAAUAU